CACUCAUUUGCUGCCCAUUUAUUCUCAUUCUAUGCUCAGAUACUCUCCUCUCUGAUCAUUUACUCUCACUCUAUUCUUAGAUACACUCCUCUCACAUCAGCUACCCACACUCAUUGCUCAGCAACACUCACCUUGGCUACACUGAACUCACCUCAGCCACACUCAAGACUUUGCUCAGCUACACUCACUGCCUCAGUUUUGUCAACUAUAUAUACAUUGUUUAAUGAACAAACACACUUUCUGCUGGGCUUGACAGACAUUUCUUGUUCUUUCCUAUUUAUAGCUGGAAAUUUGUGUGAGUUUUAUGUAUUCCUUUUGUCCAUGAGAACUUCUGAUCUAGUCUUGAGGGCACUUUUAAAUUGUAGAUUUAAGUGGAAAUUCAGACAGUGGAUUAAUAGCAUAUUUUCAC